AACGGUGACAUACGAGGGAGAUUGGCUGCAGCCUCUCCCUGGUCAACUCUGGCUGACUACUAACUAGAGAUGAUAUGCCUCAAUUUCCGAAAUGUCUUGUAAAGACCAAGUGGUUAUGUAGAGACUCAUUCUUUGGGCAUGAAACACACCAAAUCAGGCAAACCAACGUAGUCAAUGAAUUACUUCACCGAUGUUGAGCGACGUACGACCACCAUGUAAAGUUCAAAUCUGCAUGCAAUUCUUACGGGUACUUAUCAUAUUCCCCUAGUUUAAAUUGUAAAAAUCAAUACAAAUAUUUGAUCGAUUUUUGAAAUAUAUGAUCUCGAACGAAAUGAAAUCACGUCCGCUAUUACUACAGUAUGCAUUUCUUGUUUUAGAUCUUAUAUUUCGGAGUGGGAAAUAUAGCAGAAAAGUCGUGAAUACUACGUUUUCAGUUUUUUACAGGAUGUACGCCUACUCCCGGCAGAGCCAGCUAAAAGUUAGACAUUCAAUCCCUGACUCAACUCUCAUACCGACUUUGGCGUUGUGUAUCUGACCUCAUUCCCGUGCGGAUAUGGAUAGUCCACCGAUUGUCAUAUCGAGAGAUGAAGUAAAACGUGUCUUGCGUUACAUAGAUCUUAUUCCAAGGUUGGAGUCAGCGCUGGCAAUAUUCUCCAGAAAGAAUAGUUUGGAGAUAAUUCAACCUCUACGGAGCGUGAUCCCCUUGAGCAAAUACAAUGGAUUCCUGGGACUUAUGCCUACGUACAUGGAACAAGAAGGAAUCCUGAGCACUAAGAUGGUGUGUUUUUACAAGAGAGAAGAUGGUUCAACUCUGCCGUCCACACAAGCCACUGUGCUCUUGUUUAAUCCAGAGUAUGGAAAUGUCAAAGCUAUAAUAGAUGGAGAAGUCAUCACCGCUAUGAGAACCGCAGCAGCAUCGGCCAUUUCUGCCAAGUGGUUGAUGCCUGCCCAGGCUGAAGUGUUGGCCAUCCUUGGAACAGGGAAUGAGGCCCUCAGCCACUACAAUGUCUUCACAGAAAUAUUCACUUUCAAAGAGGUGCGUGUGUGGAGCAGAACGAGGGAGAGGGCGGAGGCUUUCAGCCGAUCUGUGGCUGGUCCUGUGAAAGUUUGUGUCACGGUGGAGGAGGCUGUAAAAGAUGCAGACGCUAUAGUGACCGUUACCAGGGCAACCCAACCCAUUUUGUUUGGAAAAUGGAUCAAACCGGGAGCCCAUGUGGCAGCGGUAGGGGCCUGCAGGCCAGAUUGGCGUGAAUUGGACGACGAGUUGAUGAGGGAGGCUGUGGUGUAUGUGGACAGCCGGGAAGGUGCCACAACCGAGUCAGGAGAUGUCAUCCUGUCUGGGGCCACAGUUUUUGCAGAGCUUGGGGAGGUUCUGAAUGAAACGAGACCAGCCCUCAGAGAAAAGACCACAGUAUUCAAAUCACUUGGUUUGGGAAUUGAGGAUGCCGUUUCUGCCAAGCUUGUAUUGGAGCGGUGGGAGGCCACAGAAUAAAUACAGGACUCUGCAAAGAAGGAAUGGUUGCCAUGGAUAUUGUAUUUGGUGCCUUUUUUUUAACUCCAGCUACAUAAAAAAUAUGAUUGUCUCCGAGAACUUAACUUAAACAUGCAUCUAAAUAGCCCUAUUGUUUUGAACAGGUCAAAUCAGUUGUAGACAUAUACAAGGGACAAUUUU